AUGUUAUACGUUCCUUGUGUAAAGUUUACAGCUGGAGACAUUCAUUUAGAAGCAAUAUCUCAAGAACUGAAGCUGAUGAACAACGAUAUUAGUCAGUUUUAUAAUGCAGAUGGUGUCUUGCGAAAUAAGAACCACAACUUAGAGAUAGCAAUCCUCGAGACAACAGGUCCCUUCCAGACGCAAGGUUACAUAAAAUCUUGCCAUGGUCUUGUAGCCAUGUUACAUGUAAUUGGUAGAAAGCGCCAAUAUGGUAGUUUUGAUAUCUUCAAACAAAUCGGCGUUUUCUUUGUGCAGGCCACGCCUACCGAGAAUUUGGCGUAUUACGUUUCAGUAUGUAUAGGUUCGGUUGGCAUGCCAACACACGCUCAGGAUUCUGAAGAGAGCAUCCGACAAUUAAUCGAUCUUUUCUGGUUGCUAAGAACUUUAGUGCUUGAGACAAACCAAGCCAUGGAUAGCUUGAGGUUGCCUCAUGUUGAAAACAUGAAAAUUAAGACAAGAGACUUAGAAGGAAGUAGUGAAAUUACUGACCUACGUAGCUUUUUCAGCUAAAUGCCGACAUAAAGUUUCCUCAAGCCUAUAUCAAAUAGCCGAAGCGCAUUCAAAUGUAUAGCUCAUCCCUGAUUCCUUACGACGAUGACUUUUAAAUGGAUAUUUAUAUUUUAAUAAAAUUAUUUUGCUACACUAUAUCAAUAGGUAUUUUU